GGCGUGCUGAGGCCGCCCGGGCGGACCCGGCGAGAGGCGGCGGCGGGAGCGGCGGUGAUGGACGGGUCCGGGGAUCAACCCAGAGGCGGGGGGCCCACCAGCUCUGAGCAGAUCAUGAAGACAGGGGCCCUUUUGCUUCAGGGUUUCAUCCAGGAUCGAGCAGGGCGAAUGGGGGGAGAGACACCCGAGCUGGGCCUGGAGCAGGCGCCCCAGGAUGCAUCCACGAAGAAGCUGAGCGAGUGUCUCAAGCGCAUUGGAGAUGAACUGGACAGUAACAUGGAGCUGCAGAGGAUGAUCGCGGCCGUGGACACAGACUCCCCCCGAGAGGUCUUUUUCCGAGUGGCGGCCGAAAUGUUUUCUGACGGCAACUUCAACUGGGGCCGGGUUGUCGCCCUUUUCUACUUUGCCAGCAAACUGGUGCUCAAGGCCCUGUGCACCAAGGUGCCCCAGCUGAUCAGGACCAUCAUGGGCUGGACACUGGACUUCCUUCGAGAGCGGCUGCUGGGCUGGAUCCAGGACCAGGGUGGUUGGGACGGCCUCCUCUCCUACUUUGGGACACCCACGUGGCAGACAGUGACCAUCUUCGUGGCCGGAGUACUCACUGCCUCGCUUACCAUCUGGAAGAAGAUGGGCUGAGGCCACCAGCGGCCUUGGACUGUGUCUUUUCUGCAUAAAUUAUGGCAUUUUUUUGGGAGGGGUGGGGACUGGGAGCCAUG